CGGGUGCGUAUUGCGCAGUGACAAUGCGGAGUCUGUCUAUGGUUAUGAGAUCUACCUAACAUCGUGAAGUGUAUACAAACCGUGAUAUAAACUGCUGACAUGCGUAGUAAACUGUAGCAACGCCCCCUUUGCUGUGACGUAGUCCCUCAAGCUUGUCUGGAGCCGCUCUCCUCUUUAUAAGUGCGUCACUCGACUUUACUCUUGUUAUUAUUCCGUAGAACAUCACGAUGGCGGCUGCUGUGACCAACAAAUGCCUAAUAAGUCCUCUAAGUUUGCUGACAAGGAGGCUGUCUGUUCCGGAGUUCUUCUCCCAGUGCUGCUACCAUAAGAAGGUGGUGGACCACUAUGAGAACCCGAGGAACGUGGGCUCUUUGGACAAACACUCCAAGAAGGUCGGCACCGGUUUGGUGGGGGCUCCCGCCUGUGGAGAUGUAAUGAAGCUGCAGAUUGAGGUGGAUGACGAGGGGAAGAUCGUGGAUGCGAGGUUCAAAACAUUCGGCUGUGGUUCCGCCAUCGCCUCCAGCUCUUUGGCCACUGAGUGGGUUAAGGGCAAAUCUGUGGAUGAGGCCCUGAUGAUAAAGAACGUCGACAUCGCCAAAGAGCUCAGUCUCCCACCUGUGAAGCUUCACUGCUCCAUGCUCGCCGAGGACGCCAUCAAGGCCGCCCUGGCUGACUACCGCCUCAAGCAGCAUGACGACCAGCAGGGGGCAGUCAGGGCCACCAAUUAAAUGGCUUCCCUUUUGCUGAGAAGUAAUAGCAGUGCUGCAUCACUUCCCGCAGUAUUUAUGAUGCACACACUAUGCUAAGUCACACUAUUAAUACUACUGUAUGUUUAGCCUGUCACGCAAACGCACAAUGUAAGCUUCUAAAGUGGAAUUGCAAUUAUGCUACAUUGGUUCUUGAAAAGGAUUGACGUUAAGGGCCAAUGAGUGCUGACUGUUAAGAAUACAAAGCACUUAUAACUUUGAAAGUCUUCAAUAAAACUACCCUGAAACAUA